AUGGAUAAGAAGCUGGAGAAGGGAAUUUCCUUAAUUCGAAACUUAGCCGAGAAAUACAAAACGACUAUCCUGCAUCGGUUAAACCCCAAGACGCAAAAAACUAUUAAUAAAAAAAAUAAGAAAAAGAAAAAAAAUGUUUUUAAAAAAUUGGAAAUGAAAAAAAAGGAAGAAAAAUAUAAGGAAGAAAAAAUGAGAAAAUUAGACAGUUAUCUAAUUAAUCAAGAGAACGAAUUGGAUUCUCAAGAAAAUUAUUCCAUUUUUAACAAAUUUAACACAAAUGCAGAUAACCUUUUUUAUAACCUCAGAGAUGAUAAAAUGCAAACCUACUUAACAAGUAAAGAAUUCGAAGGAAAGAAUUCUGAAAAUAAUUGUAGAGUUAGUUACAACAUUCUUGAUUCCUCAAAUUCUUUGAUAUUUAAAAUUAAGCAGGAAAUCCAAGAAAACAAUGAUUUGCUGUCCCUUCAAACACGUAAACAGUUAAAACAGAAUAAUAAAGAACGAUCAAAAGGGAACCCUUUCUUGGGAUCCAGUAGUAUAUGGUACCCACAAAAAUUUUCACAAGUGGCUUUUAAAAAGUCAAAAUUUCCAAAUACAGAACAAUCAUUUCAUUUAAGAAACAAAAUGAAAAAAGGAAGAAAUCAUUUUGAAGAAGAAAACGGUCCCGAGUAUAAAAAAAAAUGUAAUCCUUUCGUUACCUUCGAAGUAAACCAAUGUUCGGAAGGAACAAAUAUUAAAGAGAUGAAUUCAAAACAAAUGGAAAAUAAGGACAACGAAACCAAAAGUGGAACAGGAGAAAAAAAUUUUGUCACCCAUUCGAGUCCCAUAAGUGAAGACAUUUUUUUCGAAGACAACGAAUUGUAUGUAGAAAAUGAAAGUAACACAUUAGUAUUUGGAAAAAAUAAAUUCGAAAAUAUUAACAAAAUUGUUCAAGCCUCUUUCAAAGACAAAGAGAAGCAUAAAAAUGGAGAAAGCGACCAAGUAACAUCCCAAUAUAACAAACAAUACGGAGGCAAUAACCACAUUUUAAACAAAUCGGAUGAAUCCCCUACAGAUGAGUUUUUUAAAGAACAUGAAAAUAAUCAAGGUACUCAAAUGUCGUUAGAAAAAAAUAACAAAAGUGACUGUGACAACGAACAUCAUCUUCGUAAUAUGGCCUUAAAUGGUGUAUGCAUUAAUCCGAAAAAUGAACCAGAGGGUAAAAUAGAAGGAGAUACAUUAAGUAAAAAUGAAACGAACAUAAAAUUUGACUUUUUUUGUAAUGAAUCAACAACAUUAAAGGAAGACAACUGUUUUGAUUUGUUUUUUAGCGAACCAUUAGCAACUCCAACUAUAUUUCAAGGCAGAAAACACUAG